CUUCUUUUCCCUUUUAUUUCUUAUCUUUCUUUCUCUCUCUCUCUCUCUCUUUUUCUUUCUCUCUAUCUUUUUUUUCCAUAUUUGUCUUGAUGUUACCCUCAAUUCCAGUAUCACCACUUAUACAACAAUCUCUUCAUUGCGCGUCUCUUCUGGCCGACAUUAAUCAGAAAUCAAGUCAGCGGUCUCUCUCGACUAGUUUAGAACAGGAUGCCGUCAUUCAGCGUACACGUUUGGAUCAGUUGACACAACAAAUGCAUGCUGUUAGAGGUGUGCUUUUCCAUCAAUGGCACCCUGAUGCAUUGGCUAAACAGAUCGUCAUUGUAAACUCUCAACUCUUUUGUCAUCACAGUGCUACUUCUCUUAAUGACUUUCACGAUUAUCUGAUGCACAGUCUUGCUCAUCAAUUGAUCAUUACCAAUUCCUAUGCAGCCUUUGAUCACGCCGUUCGACUUGCUCAUUGUCUUCAUCAAUAUCGAGACUGGAAUGGUUGUAUGGCUGUCGUCAAAUGUCUAGCGUUACCAGCCGUACAACGUCUCUCUACAUCAUCAGCAUCUCCUCUCUGUCACGACUUUCCUUGGGUUCAUCAUGAUGAUUCCACUACCACCACCACCAACGACACGAGUUACACUGCCUAUCGCCAAGCACUCCGUCGUAGUUUAUUACCUCUUCGUCCUUAUCGAUUUGACCCACACGACCGACGGUGGUCAGAUGCUAGUCAGGGAAACGACAAUACCAAGAAAAAACAUCAACGUAUUCUCAUUGCUAUUCCAUGGUUACCACCCUUAUUAGAAGCCGAAUCUGAGCGUGAUCGUGAUCUCUUAUUGAAUUUGUGUCGAUACAACCGUUGGCCCACACAAGUAGAUGUUGCUCGUGAUCUGUUGGUCCCAUCCACUUCUUCUUCUUCCAAUAUUAUCAACAGCUCUUCUUCUCAAUUGAUACGUCGAAACAACAAUUUACCUUCAGUCUUACCUCCACAGUCAAUCAUUGAUCUUUCCUCUCUUGGUGUAGGUGAUUUAGUUCUUCAGCAUUGGUUGGUUUCUAGGCCUUAUUUGACUUUAAAACAGCUCUUAUUAGAAAGUCAACAAGUGGAAUCGGAUCAAAUUCAACAACAGGAUACCAUUCGACCAUCAUCAUUGGCCCCAUCUCCCUCAGCAAUCCCUGUUCCGGCACAAGCAGCAUCAACAUCAACAACUUCAAAAGCUUUACCACAACAACAACAACACUUGGAUGUAGAUCAGGAUUGGCGUAAUCAAACUAUUAGCUAUACUGAUGAUGACGACGAUGAUGGUGAUUUAUGGCGACAGCAACAAGAAAAGGAAUCUAUUCAGGUCACCUUAUCAGUACCCAACUCGCCACCUCUUCCUCAAACAAACAACAGCAAAACAGAUACCGGUGUGUUAGAUAUCGAGUCAACUAAUAUUUGGUCGGCCAAUAUAGAAUCGUCAGAACAGAAAUCAUCACCAACAAUCAUUUCUGCGCCUGAUAUGACACUUCCAACAACCAGUAUUGCUUCCUCCAUACCCAUGGAAAUGACUUCAGCCGCUAUGGAUAUACCACAUCUUCCCUCGACAGCAUCUGUAGAAAUCACAUCGGACAACAACAAAAACAACAGGAGCUCACCAGCACUACAGGAUGAAAAGGAUAUACCAUCAGAAAUUGAUCUCAAGAGCACAAUACCACCAUCAGACAAAAAGGACGCCAGUUUGGACAUGGAAGAAAUGCAAGAGCACUCAAUGAAUGAUUUUAGUGAUGAUGAUGAUACCACAAGCAAAGUCUCUUCCUUACCAUUCCCAGCACAACAGGAACAACAACGACAAGGGCAUCUGACAUCGGUAGGAAAUAAAGUUGGUGACAACGAAGUAGAAUCAACAAAUGAUAGCGCAUUAUUAGUAGAACAACAACAACAACAACAACAACAACAACAACAACAACAACAACAACAACAACAACAACAACAACAACAACAACAAGAACGCAAUGAUGGCGAAGAUGAGGAUGAUGAUGAUGAAGUAUGGACUGGCUACCCUGAACCGACAAUAGCUGAUAACAACCGUGAUGAUUCCCAACAUCGAUCCACACCAUCCGAAGCAUCAGAAGAAGAAUGGAAAGGGUAUCAGGCAACAUUGGAAGAAGCAGAAUGGCGAGCAGAAACCAUCCUCAAGGUACAACAACAAGAAUGGCAAGGAUAUACUUUAGAAGCUUUGGAUGAAGAUGAAUUGGAUUCAAGUACCAUGAUGAAUGGCGAAUUUGGCAAGGCAAGGCGUGAUUUGGCUCAUCCUUCUUCGGCGGCUCCAUCAUUAGUUUAACUUAGUUCUCUAUAUUCCCUCCUCGUUUUGAAUAUAUAUAUAUAUAUAUAUAACUUUUUUUUUCCUUUUAUAUAUCCUUUUUUUUUAUAUACA